AUGCCUACUCCAGCAAAAGUUGGCAGCGCGAUCCCGCGCCCACUCUCCGAGCUCUCCCCGACCGAGAAGCGGCGUAACUCGCCUAGCUGGAAUCAGACCACCAAGAAAAUGGCACUCACGGACUCGUCACCAUUCCAGUCGUCGCCCUUGGAAAACACCACUUCUCCGCGCAUGUUCUGGCAGAAUCGCAGCUUUAACUCAGAAAACAGCUACGGCAGUCGUUCCGGCUCGCCAUCACCGUGUCGCCGAUCCUCCAUCGAACGUUUGCAAAAGGCAUCCCGCGUCAAGAACAGCAACAUUCUAGCACUCGAGCAGAAGCACGAAUACGACCCGACCAGGCUCCCCCAAAUUGAGCGGCCCCUGGCUAAAGUCCAGGGCAACGCCUUCGGCGGCAGUGGUACCACCGGCCGCUCCGAGAACCGCCCUUUUGGCCAUCAGAGGAACGAAAGCAGGACCAGCAUCCCCACCCUAAGCCCUUCCAAGACCGCGCCAGGCCCCAUGAGCCCGCCAAUGCGCCCAACAACCCCUAGUAAAGACCAACCAUCCCCUAUGAAGUCUUCGUUGUCGAGCCGUUUCAAGAGCAGCUUCGACCCAGAGACAGGUACCUGGACCGAGGUGUCGGGUGACGAGCGCGAUCUCCCCGAGGGCAAGUCACUCCACCGGCACCAAAAGAGCGUCACCUUCGACGCAGCUCCUCCCCAGGUGAACGAGUAUGAGAUGACAACGCCUGACCUGUCAUCCAUCGGGAGCAAUUCGAGAGAAGGCAGCUACGACUCGGAGGAGGAGGAUGAUGAUGACGACGAGCACUACAUGGUCCACAGUAGCAUGGACCCGGAUGACAGCUUCGACGCCUCGCUGGAGGACACCGACAAGACUCCCGUCAUGGGUCCGGAUGAGUGGAGGCAGAGCCACGACGAUCGUUUUGAGAGGAGCCCCAUGCCCGACGAGGUGCCGACUUCUCAGAGGCCGAUUCACCGUCGUACCGACUCCUCAAACUCGAAUGGUGAGAGUCGGCCGCUGCCUCCCCUUCCGGGGAUGGGUCCGGCCACCCGGAGCUUGCCUUCGCCUCCGCCCGCAUCGAGCACCACGCCAGAAGCCCAUAACAUCGGGACUGGCCGGAUGCCGCUCGAGGAGCGGCUUAGGCUUAUGAUGCUCUCCGACGACGGGAAGUCGGCGGCCGAACAGCAGCGGGAGCGCCGCAUGAGACGCGCCGGUGCUCGCGAGCGAACAGAGAGCCAGACACCAGAACGCGAGAGCCGGAGCCCCAGCGUUCAACCUCCUCCGCAAUUCGAGGAGGAGGAAGACACUGUUGGCGAAUUGUCGGGCCUCGAGGAGUACCAGCUUCCGCCCCGUAUUUCACGGGAGUCAAUCCUUCGUCGCGUGAACGGGAAUAAGCUUUUCGACCGCGAGUCCGACUAUCAGUUCUCGUCACCAGCCGGCCCCUCGUCCGCCGACCCCGCUCUCCCCUAUGAUCCAGAUGUCCCCAUCCCAACUACGGAGGACUCCGUGACGAUGGACAUGGACGAGAGUUCUGAUGAGGAAGGCAGUGUCAUCAUCAACCGCAACAUUGAGGAGGACUACGACGUUGAUUCCAUCACCGACAUGUACCAGCGCUCCGAGAUAACCGAUGACGAUGAUGAGCUUGACGAUGAGCUUGACGAUGACAAGAGCUCAUAUGAUGAUGAAACUGAGAGUCAGUACUCUAAUGAAGAGGGGCUUCACAAGGACAAAGCACCGGAACCCGAGGAGGAUCAGGCUCCGACCCCGCGGGCGACGACUCCAGUGGAUGAACCUGUAGUCGCCGCUCAGGAUCAAGAAGCACGAGCGUCGUUGGAGAUUCCAAGCCAGCCCGAGGAGAAUGAGUUUUCUAAGAGCCUUGAUUCUUGUAUGCUCGCCAAACCCGAGGAGCCGGCGGCUGCUGCCGAGCCCGAGAAGUCGAGCACGACGGAUGCUCAGACACAAGCCCAACGGCCUUUCACGCCGGAACAGCAGCUUACAAGGUCCCUUACCAAGCCUGAAUACGAUGGAUCAGGCUGGGGCGAACCUGAGGAAGCCUCUGACGACCCUGGCACUCCCGACUCCGUUAUCCACCACCCGAUUGCCAUCCCCAGCAUCGAGGAGGAAGCAGCACGCCAAUCUCCUGCAAUCCCUGAGCAAAUAGCGACAAUCAAGUCGGCAUCCGGAUCCAAGCUCAAGACCCGGCCCUCUGCCACCCCAUCGGAUAUUGCGUCCAUGCGCGAGGCUCGCCGCCAGGUUAGCCGCGAAAUUCCACCGAUCCCUGAACGACACCGCAACCGCAUCUCGCGUGACAUGGAGGCCGAUAUCAGCGAGGCGACCAGCGACUUCCUUGAGCGUCACCCAAGUUUUAAGAAACGCAGCCUGACGCUCGAUCUUGACCUUGGCCUCAGCCUUGACCAGGACUUCGAUCGGGUUAUCGAGGCUCAAAAGCGCGGCUACCUAAUGCGCCAGAACACCAAGAUGGUCACGGCCAGUGAUAAGGAUUCCGAUGAUGUUCGCGGCUGCCGGUCUGCGGGCAACUCACCUGUAAAGGCGACCCGUCCCCAGUCAUGGACUGUUGAGCCGUGGAGCGGCGGACAGAGGAAGCGUAGUAUCCGGAAGCGCCACCCCGCUACCGGUCCCGUGCCCCCCCUUCCCGGACAGGAGAGCAAUGCGGCUGCUGUUGCUCAUGCUAACGAGGAGGACAUGGCCGUCGAGAUGGCAACCGAGGAGAGCGGCGAGAGAGGCAGGCUCUUUGUUAAAGUGAUGGGAGUCAAGGACCUUGACCUGCCGAUUCCGAAGAACGAGCGCACCUGGUUCAGCUUGACGCUUGACAACGGUGUCCACUGCGUGACAACUGCCUGGCUUGAGCUCGCCCGCAACGCACCCAUCGGGCAGGAGUUUGAGUUGGUCGUGCCCAACGACCUGGAGUUCCAACUCACCCUCAACGUAAAGCUCGAGAAGCCCGCGCCCGCGCCUGUCAACAAGAAGGCCCUUCCCUCCCCCACCAAGACCUCCAAGCCUAAGACCUCGGCCUUCAGCCGCGUUUUUGCCUCUCCCAAGAAGCGCCGCGAGAUGGAGCAGCGCCAAAAGCAGCAAGAAGAGGAGGAGCGGCUCGCCGCCCAGCGCGACGCGCAGGCCCGCCAGAUGGUGUUGAAGGCGUCGCAGCAGCCCAGUGCGUGGGAUCUCCUUAGCCCGCUGGCAGCAGAGGACGGUAGCUUUGCGCGCGCCUACGUUUGUCUCAAGGAGCACGAGCCGCGCUGCUUUGGCCGGCCGUACCUCGUCGACGUGGCCGCCUUCAACGAGUGGGCGACCGAAGAAGCCGGGUUUGCGUCCAGCGUCAAGAGCAAGCGCGGCAACGCUGCGGGUGCCACGACGGGCGGCGUGAUCCGGCGUGCGCCGUACAAGAUCGGCAAGCUGGAGUUGCAGCUGCUGUUUGUACCGCGCGCCAAGGGCGCCACCGACGACGACAUGCCCAAGAGCAUGAACUCGUGCAUCCGCGAGAUGAAGGCUGCCGAGGAGCGCCUGGCCCGCUGCUGGGAGGGCCACCUCAGCCAGCAGGGAGGCGACUGCCCUUACUGGCGCCGCCGCUACUUCAAGCUGGUGGGUGCCAAGCUCACCGCCUACCACGAAGCCACGCGCCAGCCGCGCGCCACCAUCAACCUCGCCAACGCGAAGCGGCUCAUUGACGACCGCCGCACGCUCAUGGAGAAGGAGACCACAGGCCGCGGCGGGCGCCGCCGCCGCUCGGCGUUCGCGGAGGAAGAGGAGGGCUACAUGUUUGUCGAGGAGGGCUUCCGCAUCCGCUUCAACAACGGGGAGCUGAUCGACUUCUAUGCCGACAGCACCGCCGACAAGGAGGGCUGGAUGCGCGUCCUCGGCGAGGUCCUCGGCCGCGACAGCCUCGGCUCCGCCGUCGAUGGCGCCUCCUCCUCCGAGGACCUGACCGGCGCCCCCGGCAGCCGCAUGAAGGGCAAGUGGUGUGAGCUUGUCUUGAAGCGGGAGGAUACCCUGAAGAAGCGCGCUGAGGGGAGGAGGGUCCACUCGCGUACUAAGAGCAUGUAUGUGUAG